ACGGAGUAAAAAAAAACGGGAGCCCUUAGACAACGAUUGGCACCGACCGACGACCGCCGGGAAGGAUUCAGUUUAGUAGUAGCCGUAGCAAGCAGUCAGAAGCAUCUCUAAACCGCCAGAAGCGCUCUCGUUCGUUCGUUCGUUCGCUCGUGUUGUAAUUCACAUAAACCGGGAAUUUGUUUUUUGGUGUCUCCGCAGAUUAGCGAAACCGAUUUUCCGGUCCAAGUUUUGGAAGGCUUAAAGCAGCGGCGAGCUAACGAGGAGUCCUCACGUGUGUACGGUGUGCGAAAUUCUCCCUAGAAUAGUGCGUGCGUGUGGUUGGUUAUUCGCAUUGGGCUUUAACCGAAUCGGAAUUGUGAGGUCACCUGUCUCUGUGAGAACCAAACGAAGGCUAAUUUGGCUAUUUGGAGUCCAGCAGCCGUUUAUUGCCGGGAGUUCCGUGUUUACUACUAGCCAGCGUUCGAGACUGACGACACCAGCUUAGUUUUGUAGUUUGGUAGUUGCAUCACAUAUAAAACAGAACAUUUGACACUUUUGAAACACUCAAAAAAAAAAAAAAAAUAUCCACUGCACACUAUUCCUGUCACCUAACACAGAACUUACAAAAACAGCACACCAAUUCACCAACAAGCCAAGAACACCACAGAUCGAUUCCGGCGAUCCGAGACAUUACCGAUUCAAGAGUACCGUGUCGCGUGUUCGAGCGAAGCCAUUCCGGGCCUUCAAAUUGUGCACUGAGGAAGUACACGAAGAGACCUUCCAGUAGUCGUCAGUAGUAGAUAGUGUACCAGCACCAGACAUCUCUACGUCAAACGACGGCGGCGUGCAGUUUUCCGAUUUCAUCGAUUCGAAGCUAGGAAGUAGAAGGAGCUACGACUAGGCGGAAAGGUUUUUUUUUCGGGGAAAACCAAUUUCAAGUUUGAUUAUCCAGGCCCCCAGUCAGGCCCAAGCUACUAUCGACGACGGCAGUGCACUCUACACCAAAAAUAGCAAUACUUAGAGCUUGUUGUGUGCUAUCUGGGCAGAAGGCAGAAAACCGCGCCUGGAAAAUCCAAUUCAACUCGCUUUCGAAAAGCCGAAGUGUAUAAAUUUCCCGCACCACACUCUCAAGUCUCUCCGGUCUCGGUCGGGGGAAACCAUUUGGCCGCCACCCUCGUUCGUUCUUUCUGUCCAUCCAUCCAUUCACCGCCCCCUCGUUAGGCCCCAAGCUAAGCUUGGAGAACCCGGUCGAGUUUCGGGAAAAAGGCAUCAGCUGGAAGAAGGGAAAAAUCGACCGGCUUACAGGCACACGGUUCGGCGGAAGUUCAUUCAAAAUCGAACUCGAACUCACUAUCUCUCUACUACAUACUUUGGCCAUCACACACAAUAUAUAUUGAGCCAAGCGGUGCGUUUACUAGCGGAAAAAGAGGCAGCAGCAGGAAAAAACGGAAAAUUACCAAGAAGCAGCCAGCAGCAGUGAUUGAGAACGAGUGAAAGCAAAUCCUCUCUAUAAAUAAAUAUUGAAACCAGUAUAAAUAAACCAUUAGUAGGUUAAUUGAUAUAGUUUUUCCCCUAGUUCUGAUUGGGAGCUUUUUUCCUGUGUGUACCCAUCAGCAUCCAAUCCAUAUGUACGUAGCGAGUUGUUAUUACAAGUAAAUACUACCAAUAAUAAUCAGAAACGUUAGUGAACUUAGUCCAGUAAAAUAAACACUAUCGCAGCAGAAGUAGCCUCUCGGUGUUAAUUACUGUAUACCCGUAAUUCGACUCGUUGUUAAGUCAAGCUAAGUACAUCGUCGUAUCUAAGUGUGUUCUCCAGAAAAAGGUGAAAAAUAUAACGCCAAAGUAGAAUUAGCACAUAAAAGUGUCUUUAAUUCUUCGUAGAAGAAUAAGCUUUGCCGGCAAACGUCUACAAAUAAAAUUAUUAUAAUCUUUAGAAGCGAAAAAGUCCAAGUGCAUCGGUAAUCUCCAAGUUCCCUCCGAAAGAAUCCCGACUCUACACACUAACGAAAAAGUUAGCGUCAACCAUUUGUGAAGUAUAUAAGCGUAUAUAUUUUUGUCAACGAGAGUAGCACGUGGCUAGAGCCCAUCUACAGAAAAAAAGGAAGUGGAAGCUGUGUGUUUUGUGUGUGCACAUCCGUCAGUCAGUCAGUAUCCAGAGCAAUCAGCGAGCGACGUAAUCUGUGAUUCAGUUCUUAGAUUCUAGCGCAUCUUCAUAGCAUACGUAGAAUCCAGAUCGAAGAUAAUCGAAGAAGAAGGAAGUAAUAAUAAUAGCCGAUAAAGCCAAGCCAAGAAGCGUUAGAGCGGAAGUCAAGUGCUGUGAUCUUUUCCUAAAAGUUCUGUAGCUGCAGCGUAUUUGUCGUGAGUCUUCGUAGCAUCGUAACGAGUGUGUUAAUUAGCGGCGACCCUUGCAGAAGAGCUAUUGCUAUUCUAAUCAAAGUGUGCGGUGAAGCGAAAGUCAAGGGCAAAAAGUUAGAAAAAUAAGCCAAAAUUUGUCCCCUAGAAAAAUAAAAUAAAAAUCGUUGUGAUCAGUUCGACGAGUUAGAGAAAGCGCAUUAAAAAAGUAUUCGCUUAAUCCCCCGCAAGGAACCAACCUAGAGAAAAUAUCCCGACAGCAGCAGCAAGGUCCGUUGCUGGAGCAAGCCAUCAAGCUGUGGAAAAUGGAGCAACACCCGAGCAACCAGCAGCAGCAGCAGCAGGACCACCAGUCCAACAAUCAGGCCGAGGUGCCGAACGACCCAGGAAAAAUGUUCAUCGGAGGACUCAGUUGGCAGACAAGUCCAGAAAGCCUUAGGGAUUACUUUAGUAAAUUCGGAGAAAUCACAGAAGUAAUGGUGAUGAAAGAUCCCACGACACGAAGGUCUAGAGGAUUUGGCUUCAUCACCUUCAGCGACCCCGCCAGUGUAGACAAAGUAUUAUCACAUGGAACGCACGAGCUAGAUGGCAAAAAGAUUGACCCCAAAGUUGCAUUUCCCAGGAGAGCACAUCCAAAGAUGGUGACGAGAACGAAGAAAAUAUUCGUGGGUGGACUAUCGGCGCCUACCACACUGGAGGACGUGAAAAGUUACUUCGAACAAUUUGGACCGGUGAGUAUCCAUUCAAGUUGCAGUCUAGGUGGAAAAACAGGACUCGAUUGGACCAGACUUGACAAAAACGCUGGGAACAGAACCAAGAAAAACGACAACUUUCCCCAUUUCAGACGGGGAGACCCCAAGUUUGUAUACCUAAUGCUUUGCCAACGUAAAGCUUAACGGAUUUCCGUUUUUGCCUUAGUGACUUGAAACAAUGCUAGCUCGUCGUUGCGUUGGUUUGACGAGGAAAAUAAA